AUGAGCACGCGCUCUUCAAGACGGACCAACCCGGCUUCGACGAGCCGGCAAGCGGAGCAGGGUACAGAUUUGGCCAAUCGAUCAUCGGCUCAAGCGGAAAGCGUCAGAAUUCGUUCUUCAUCCUCAAGCAAUCGCGCGGAUAGCGUCGCUUCAAGCGUCUCCACUGUGCGGCCCAGAUCGAAGAGGAUUCAGGAGGGCCCAACCGCGUCCAAGCGGCAAGCGGAAGUCAAGGGCGUGGGCGGUCUGAAGAUCGAAGAUGAGAUUCUCCUCGAAGAAGACGAGAGGGAUCUUGGUGGCGAAGGGGUGGAGAUGGACGUGCAAGUUGUAGAGACGCCACGGCCACGAGGAACGCGAGCGCCACGCCCUACGAACGUUGUGCUGAGCAGCUUCGCACAGGAUGCCGCCAGCUCGCCAAGCUCCGUGAGGGGAGGUGUCGGACCUCAAAUUCACGUGUUCGGCAGCUCAAGUGUGCGAUCCGUGGAACAGGAAGCUAGUCGCUUGUCGGGCGGCCGAUUAGGACCUCCAUCAAGCCAGCACGAAGUAGUCGCAUCUCCACGCACCGACGGUGGUGCUCCAGCAAGCUACGCUCUGGGUCGGCCACGCAUGAGUUCCGAGAUCCCUCGAGCAGCGAGACACACCUCGAUAGGAGUGAUGGCAGGGCCAGAUCGUGUCCCCCGCAGAAGGCAAGUGUCUGCCCUGACAUCAGGCGCCGAACUUCAGGAGCUCAUGCGGAGUGGAAGAUUGAGCGACAGCACCUCGGGCCACAACACAGUCUCCUUCCUGUCAGAUGCCAGAGGUGGCGACGCGUUCAGGCGCGGCUCUAUCAGUACGAGAAAGAGCAGCGUAGGACCCCGCCUUCGACCCAGCCUUAUGAAGUCAGAUGGACAGGUCCAUGAACCAUCGUUGGCUCAGCGAAGCAACAUGCUCGCUGGCAAUGCGCAAGGCGUCCUGAACUUCUACGCAGAAGUCAUGCGCGAUGGUUUCACCGAUGAAUCGGUCGCCGCGAUGCGCAGAAAUUGGGAACCAUUCCAAUGUGAGUCAAAGAAUGCGUGCAAAGGGCUCCGCAUCCGCUUAUAGUGCCUGCGCAUGCCCCACAGCAUACAAAAUGAAUAAGCUCAUGGCCGAGGCUCAAUAUCCAAGUCACUUCAUCGACGAACGAGCCAUGCUGCUGGCUAACGACAUUACGGAUGCCUCUUCUGAGUUUGGCGAAGCACUACGGCUGGCAAAUUGCGCCACCUUUGUUCACUACGUAUACAGUAUUCCUGCGGAUGCGACUCCCGCAGCAUUGAACCAGGGAUACUAUCCCCAUCGAUCGCUUUCCGAGCUGCUAGACGCUGGCAGAAUCUUUUUAGCUUGGAUCGUCCCGCCCGACACGCCCUACUCCGAUGAUAUUUUGGCAAUGCAGGUCGAUCUGUGCACCCAAGUCUAUUUUGCUCGUCGAAGAGCUGAUCGGCACGUCCAACUGUCCGCACGCAAAAGGGCGGUAGACCAUCGAAACGAAGUCUUUUCUCCAGAGACAAUCAGGAAGAGCUUGUUGCGAGCCGCAGCUUAUAGGCAAAUAUCUCCUGACGACUUAGACUUGAUCGUCGAGCGAUUCGCUGUCCUUGCCGAUGCCCGCAAGUACCAGGUGAGCUACACGAUUUUCUGCCUUCACUCGACGCGUCACUCAUAGUGCAAAUUCACCUGCGCAGAUCCUGCAAAUGGACGACGAGGUCGAGUCUAUGGCUGCCCACUGGAGCGUGACUCAAACAGCGUCGGACUUUGCACGCUUCAUCGAGUUCGCCCUGCAAGUGUAUCGCCCUGUUGCGCCCUGCUCCUCGUCCGUCGAGGAUUUGCUCGAGACUGCACAGCUGGAGAACGAAACUAGGGUCGAUGAUAGCGAGCUGCAGAUCGAGCGCGAUCUGGCCGGAAAUGGUUCGAUGGUGGUGCUGGACGACGUGGCUGAAGAAGACGAAUUGGAGUCUGAAGUCUUCGAGGAUCAGGACGAGGAUGGCGCAGAUUUGAGAGGCAACGCCGUUCGUGCUACUGGCAUGGCAGAAGAAUCGAGCACACCCACAGAGAGACAAAGAUGGCUUCGAGAAGCAGCAGAAGCCGAAAAAAGUACGGAGAUCCGUGAUGUCUCGACCAUCCUUGCUUCUACGACCCCGAGGCAGCGUCGUUCGUGGCUUUGCGACGCCGUUGCGGCCGAAAGCACGCCAGAACCAUCAAAUGCACUCUCUUCCGCUGCUAGGCAGCGCAUCCUCGCUGAGAUGGCACUCAACGAAGUCAGUGCCAUGGCCGCAGAUGCGUCUCCGCAGCCGGCUAGAGAGAGCCCCGCUGAGCGCGUCGCACCUCCAGCAGCAACGCCUCAAAGACCUUCUGCACUCAAUGCGCGCAGUAUCAUGGCAGGCCUCCGCUCGGCUCGAAGGUCUGUUAGCAUCCAACCUAGUGCACAGCAAACGCCAGCACCUGCAACCGUCAGGCUUCCACCACCACGCUCGGGCCUCAGAAGCCAAGUCGCCGCUGUAGAGGUGCCACUGAUCGAGGCGAGCUCUAGCAGCGGUCGUUUCCAGUUUGACUCGCAGAACCGUAUCAGGAGGACGAACGAACCUGCUCCUGAAGGCUUGCUUGCCAACAGACGCGGGCAAGGAGAAAGAAUGGAACGUUUUGACGUGGAUGAAGAUGGCGAUGCGUUCUUGCAAGAUCAAGUCAAUUUGAAAGGAAAGGGCAAACGCAAGGGCCGCGAACGACCUGGAAAGAUGAGGGCAAAGCAAGGCGUGGAUGACGCUGAUCUCGGUAGUGCCCCCGCAGAGAAAGCGUCCGGUGCGGCAUCUGUCGCGACAAGAAGGACGCGAGCUCAAGCUCGAGCACUUGAGGGACCAGCCGCUGUAGCGGCAGCGCCUGGAGAGGACUUGGGCAGCAUGCCGCCUGAUGACGAGAUGCCAGAUUUGGAUGAGGUCGGUCGAGACCAACUUCCGCCGGACGAAGGCCUCAAUGUGCACGGCGCAGAUCCAGAGGUGCUUCUCGAUGGUCGCAAUGCGGACAAUGUGGAUCUCGCAGAUGUGAGCGUCGGUGCUUCGCCACUUCGACGUCCAAUUCGCAGGUCUGGGGUGCCGCCGGUCAGAUCGAACGUAGAACAAGACUUUGAACAUCUGGACGACCUGGAACAGCAAAAUCGUCAAAUCGUAGAGGAUCGCAAACGCAAGCGCAAAGGAUAUCUGCAUUUUCGUCUGCUUGGCGCCCCGUCGAGCGCUCAGGAACCGUUGCCUGAGACGACAUCUUCUGAUGACGACGAGAUCGUCGAGGAGCCGUUGCCGGCUCGAGUAGGUAGGGGUGCAGUGCUGAACCCUUCUAAGCGGCCUCGCAAUCACAUGAAUAGAGAAGAAAACGAGCGUCUAGGAGCUGCUUCAGAUGUUGCAAAGACCAACGUAGCAAAAGCUACACGAAGCAAAACGCGAAGGAGUGCUAGGUCGGAGCAGAACAGCACCUCUGAUUCCCCACGCCAGACACGCUCAAGAGCGUCCACACGAUCUCGCAGGGCAGCGCAAACAGUCAACGACGAGAACGUGCCGGCAGAGGAUGCAGAAUCGAGUGAGGAUGAGGAGGAGCAUGAGGAGAUGGACGAGCUGCUAGAAGUGCGCCGACCACGAGCUUCUUCCGUACGAUACAAGCCCAAAAAGAACGCAGAGAUCUACAAGACGGGAGGUAAUGCUAAGGGCAGACAGUUGUGGUCGGAUGAAGAGACGAGGGUGUUACGAUCUGCGCUGCGUCGGUUUGCUAGAAGAAAGAUGAAGAAUCCUCAUGCACUCGUGUAUCGCGAUGUCAUGCUUGCGCAUGGGCAAACUGGAGAUAGGAAGCUGGCGAGAUGGAACAAUGUGCAGCUCAAAGAUAAGGCUAGAAACGAGCUGCUACGCAUGAGACGUGAAGGAGAAGUGGUGAGUAGGGGCAGACUAAUCGAGUGUUUUAUCGCGUAUAUGCGCCAACUGCUGAUUCGUGCCUGGUCGUGUCGCGAGCAGAUUCCGUACUGGAGAGCUCUGCUAUUUCCCAACCUCUGGGAAGAGAAAAAAGUACCCAACGCUGAGGCGCCUCCUGAUUCUGAGGACGAGUCGGACGAGAUUGUGGAAGACGAGGAUGAUGAUGAGGACGAGGAAGACGAAGCGGAUUCUGAUCAGCACGAGAGCGCAGAGGGUGCGACUGGUGCGGAAGAGGCAGAUGAAGAUGUGGGAGAAGUGGAAAAUGCGCUCUCUUGA